AUGGUCUUCUUCUUCUUCUUCUUCUUCUUCUUCUUCUUCUUCUCCUCCUCCUCUUAUUUAUCAUUCUCUCUUUUCUUUCUCUGUCUUUUUACUUUAAAUUACCUCCCUCUUUUCUCCCUUUCUCUAUUUACUUGUAUCUCCUUUACUUCCCCCCCUCUCUCUCUCUCUUUUCUGUUUUACUUCCUCCUCACAUUUCUUCCCUAUCUCCUUUUCUUCCUUCUUUUUUUCUUUUCUUCCUCUCUCUUCUUUCUUGUUCUCUUUAACUCCUCUCUCUCUUUCUUUUCUUUCUUUCUUUUUUCUUUCUUUCUUUCUUUCUCUUUAUUUUUUGUAUCUCUUUUCUUUCUCUGUCUUUUUACUUUAAAUUACCUCCCUCUUUUCUCCCUUUCUCUAUUUACUUGUAUCUCCCUUUACUUCCCCCUCUCUCUCUCUCUCUUUUCUCUUUUACUUCUUCACUCACAUUUCUUCCUAUCCCGCUUUUCUUCCUCUUUCUUUUUUCUUCCUCUCUCUUCUUUCUUGCUCUCUUUAACUCCUCUCACUCUCUUUUUCUUUCUACCUUUCUUUCUUUCUUUCUUUCUUUCUUUCUCUUUAUUUUUUGUAUCUCUUUUCUUUCUCUGUCUUUUUACUUUAAAUUACCUCCCUCUUUUUUCCCUUUCUCUAUUUACUUGUAUCUCCCUUUACUUCCCUCUCUCUCUCUCUUUCUUUUUCUUUUACUUCCUCUCAUUUCUUCCUAUCUCGCUUUUCUUCCUCUUUCUUUUUUCUUCCUCUCUCUUCUUUCUUGCUCUCUUUAACUCCUCUCACUCUCUUUUUCUUUCUUCCUUUCUUUUCUUUCUUUCUUUCUUUCUUUCUUUCUUUAUUUUUUGUAUCUCUUUUCUUUCUCUGUCUUUUUACUUUAAAUUACCUCCCUCUUUUCUCCCUUUCUCUAUUUACUUGUAUCUCGCUUUACUUCCCCUUCUCUCUCUCUCUCUUUUCUCUUUUACUUCCUCACUCACAUUUCUUCCUAUCUCGCUUUUCUUCCUCUCUCUUCUUUCUUGCUCUCUUUAA